GCUCUCCAUGACCAGGGUUGGAAGGCCAUUGUAUCGAGAGCAUCAUAACAACGUAUUAUUAUCGUGUUGCUUGAAAUUUUAUAUGGUAAACAAUAUAUCUAUCAAACUAGUGCGAUUCCGUCUUUCUAGAAUUUUGGACUUACCCGCGCUAUUUCUCGUUUAACCUCAUGGUUACGUUUCUAUUUAUUUAAUAUUUCUUCCUGCUUCACUCACACACCGCCCCAAACAGACAAAUCAGCGAGCUGUGGAGGUCUGAUUGAUGCAAACGACCCUCGCAGAUAGCAAUUCCCGCCCCGGACAGGCGUGCGCUUUUGUUAACUACUAGUAAACAAAACAAUUGCAUUCCUUUAGCGACAGUUCAUACUCACUUUAAAAUCAAUGAACGUCCGGUUAGAGAGGUGAGCUGAAAAACCUGACCUGUCUUAAAAAUGUCCCAGUUGGCAACCCUAACAAUACACAAAAACGAAAUUCUGUCUGUGGUCUGUCCAGUAACGAGCCUAUGAAGUUUACAAAUCUCUCUGAGUCUGACAAAGUUUGAGCGUGUUCUUAAAUGAACAUCCACAUCUUUUGUUUUCCUACAUUUUCUCUUAACAUCCUGUCGUAAUACGCUUAAAAAACAGUUACAUAUGUUUUAGUACAAGAAGUAUUGACAAAAAAAUCAUCCUACAUUUAAUUUUUUUUAGAUAGCUUUUGAGUGGGAGAGGUUGUCAAGAGCUGAACAAACUCAUUACCGGCAUAUCUUUUUUUUCUGUAAUUGCGGCACACUAUUGUACAUAACUACUUAACUUUUAGUUUUAAAGUAAUACAAAUAAAACCAAAUUAAGUCAAUACUUGUUUAAUUGCCGAAUGUAACUUCAACUGUAAUGCAAUACACCACAGCCAAGGGAAUACGUUUCCCAGAAACCAUUGCGACAUUGUUGUUAAUACGAGUUCAAGAAGUCUUACCCGGAACAAAAAACCUGCUCUACAAACUUAUGAAAGAGAGACUGCUGGAACAGGCAAAAACUGAUUAGUUUUAAAAGGCUCAAACCAGUACAGCAUGGAUCAUCGCAGACAGGCCAAGGGGUCUAAUCCGUCUCGGGAGUUCAGACGUGGGCAGAACCACAUGGCAGCACCCCAGAAAGACGCCUACUCCAGGCUGCUAAGCCAGCACCACAGCAGCAAGUUCCGUUCCUACCUCAACCAGUUUGCCCAGCAGCAGCAACAGAUAGAGGAAAGCCAUGGGCUCGCUGUUUCCGACACCAUCCCAGACACCUCGGAAGCUCCUUCACGGAAAGGGGAAAACGAGAUGAGGGAGACUGGGGGUAGGAAUGGGUACUCCUCCUCCCCAAAUAAGGGGGCGAAAGCCGAGAGCACCCUUUCCCUGUAUAUGGAGAAACUGAAUGAACGUGGGGAAGCUGGGGAGAACCUGAGAGUACAGCAGGGCAUGGCUGUCAGGCAGAGGCACAGCAAAAGGAAGGAUACCAACACCAGCCAGGACGGGGACGUGGAAUCUGGGGGCGAGGGAAAACAGACGGGCUCAGAGACUCCGCAGCACGAUGCUUCUUUAUUCAGGGGACCUUCUGUGGAAAUACCCAGGCUGCUGGAAACCUCUGUGAACAAAGGGAUGGCCCACUCUCUAAGACAAGGUGCCGUUUUCCCAAAGCACAGCAAUGACGGAGGCCCUGAGAGUGUGCAGGAGCAGGACAAGAAGAAAAAACUGAAGAAAACGCAGAAGAAAGGGCGUUGUGACGUGAGGCGGGACAGGUCUGAAUAUUCGGAUGGGGAUUUGGUGCCUGCAGGGCAGGUUCCACGUAGCUCUGAGAAGCAGUCUCUCUCUGAUAGAAUGACUGCAGGCCAGUCCCCAGGUAGAGGCUUCGGUUCUAAUGCGACUCCCAAUGACAAUGGUAGACACAGGAACAAUCCAGGCAGAGGAAGGAAGAGGCAAGUGUUUGAACCUUACAUGGCACCUCAGGAUGUGUCCGCAGGACUGAAGAGAUCGGAGCUUCUUCAGGGUCCAUUGAGAAUUAACCCCAAGAAGUACCACGAGGCCUUCCUUCCUUCUCCUGAUGGGCUCCGGGAUAUCUUCAUUGACGGGAUCGUGCCUCGCAACAGAGCUCUCAACGGCGACGUGGUCGUGGUCAAACUCCUCCCCAGAGAGCAGUGGAAAGUUAUUAAGCCUGAUAAGGAGGGUGACUCUGAUGCCCCAGGUGGCCCCAGUGAGCGGGCGGGCAGUGCAGCUCCAGGCAUCAUUACAGUAGAAGGAGGCAGUCCAGAUCUCAUCAUUGACGCACAGUUUGACAGUGACAAGGAUGGGCCGGGAUCCAGUCUGCUUCAUAGCAGCGUGAAGAAGUUAAACCUCAAUACAGCAGGUUCAGCUUGUCCCGAAAAUGGUGCAACCCCAACUUCAAAGCCUGGCGCAAUCGAUCCCAGAAAUCUUGCAGAUAAGUUUCUUCAAAGGACUGCAAAAGUGGUGUGUAUUGCGGAGAAGAAACACUCUCGAGCUGUGACUGGGUUCCUAAAGUUGCUCCCUGACAAGGAGUUUGCCAUGUUCUCUCCAGUGGACCACAGAGUGCCGCGGGUGAACGUGCCGCUGCAAGACUGCCCUGAGAACUUCAGCGCCCGCGCCGCCGACUAUGCCAACACCCUGUUCGUCUGCCGCAUCACGGAGUGGCGCGACGACAGCAAUUUUGCAGAAGGGCGGCUUGCUAAAAGCCUUGGGCAGGCAGGAGAGAUUGAACCCGAGACGGAAGGCAUUCUGACGGAGUAUGACGUGGAUUUCUCCGAGUUUUCCAAAGAGGUUCUAGGUUGUCUUCCACAGUCUCUUCCCUGGACGAUCCCUGCAGAAGAAUUCAAAAGGAGAAAAGAUUUAAGGAAGGCAUGCAUAUUCACUAUUGACCCAGCCACUGCUAGAGAUCUGGAUGAUGCCUUGUCCUGCAUACCUCUCCCAGAUGGAAACUUUGAAGUUGGAGUUCAUAUUGCAGAUGUCAGCUAUUUUGUGGAAGAAGGAGAUGCCCUGGAUUCCAUUGCCAGCAGAAGAGCCACCAGCGUCUACCUGGUGCAAAAGGUGAUCCCCAUGCUGCCCAGGCUCCUGUGUGAAGAGCUAUGCAGUCUGAACCCCAUGACUGACCGGCUGACGUUCUCUGUGAUCUGGAAACUCACUCCGCAGGGGAAGAUUCUAGACGAAUGGUUUGGGCGCACAGUCAUCCGCUCGUGUGUGAAGCUGAGUUACGACCACGCUCAGAGCAUGAUCGAAGCCCCGGAGAAGCUCUUCUCUGUGGAGGAGCUGCCCCCGUUCUCCCCGGAGCACCCCGUGGAUGAGAUCCACCAAGCCGUGCUGAACCUGCACAGCAUCGCCAAGCAGCUCCGUAAGCAGCGCUUCGAGGGAGGAGCCCUGCGGCUGGACCAGUUGAAAUUAUCCUUCACUUUGGAUCGGGAGAGUGGGAUGCCCCAAGGGUGCUAUAUCUACAAGUACAGAGACAGCAACAAGUUGGUGGAGGAGUUCAUGCUUCUUGCGAACAUGGCCACUGCCCAUCAGAUCUACCGGUCUUUCCCGGACCAGGCACUGCUGCGGUGCCACCCGCCACCCCAGACCAAGAUGGUGGACGACCUGCUGGAGUUCUGUGACCAGAUGGGCCUGAAGCUGGACUUCAGCUCUGCAGGAGCUCUCAAUAGAAGCUUGAAUGACGAGUUGGGCGUGGAUGAAUACAGCAGUGCCAGAAAGGAGGUCCUGACUCACAUGUGCUCUCGCCCAAUGCAGAUGGCUGUGUAUUUCUGUACUGGGGUCCUGAAGGCAGAGGCCCUGUUCCGACACUACGCUCUGAACGUUCCCUUCUACACCCACUUCACCUCCCCGAUCAGGCGCUACGCUGACAUCAUUGUGCACAGACUGCUGGCUGCCUCGCUGGGCUGUGGGCCCCGGGUGAGCUUGUGUCAGAGUGACGUGCAGAAGCAGGCGUCCCAUUGCAACGACAAGAAGAUGGCCUCCAAGCGAGUGCAGGAGCUGAGCGCGGACCUCUUCUUCGCUGUCCUCGUCAAGGAGUCUGGCCCCCUGGAGUCUGAAGCCAUGGUGAUGGGAGUCCUGGACCAGUCCUUCGACGUGCUGGUGCUGAGAUACGGCGUGCAGAAGCGCAUUUACUGCAAUGCUCUCCCACUCCGGGAUUUCCAUUUCCGUAAAGUGGGAAAGAAACCGGAGAUGACGUUGAUCUGGGCAGCGGAGUCUGAGACGGAGGCACCAGUACAGCAGGAGCUCUCGAUUUUCACGCUGGUGGAUGUGGUGUUGAAGGCUGAAGGCCCCAUGAAAUACAGCGCCAUUCUGAAACGACCGUGUGAGAUGAUGUCAUGAAAUCCAGAGAAGGAAAAUACCACGGCCUCCCCUGAAUGGAGUGUCCAAAAGCUGCGUGAAAAAGAAAAAACAAUUAUAGAAAUAGAAAAAGGUCAAAAAUGGGAUGAUGCACUCAUUUUGUUUUAAAUAAUUGUUUUUAAAGUGUUAAGUUUGUUUUGGUGCAACGCACCUGCACAGUACCUUUUUUUUUUUUUUUAAAUAUAUAUGUUCUUAAGUGACAUUUUUAACAGCAUCAUCCACAGUGAGGAGAAGUGAAACAAAAACAAGUGUUUACAGGUCAAUGUAACCUUUUAUUCACUGAAGACAACUCCCAAACCCUUACACUGCAGGACACACAGUACCAGCUCUGAAAUGAUACGAGUUCUGUGCUGGCUAGGCUAACAUUGUGUUAAUCCCUAUUGUAUGAUUUGUAGUUACAUUUUUAAAUGAUGCAAUUAAAUUUGGGGUGCUGCUUUGUUUUUAUUUAAUACGUUUUUAAUCUUCUAGACAACGGUCCUUAGUUUUGCACCAUGAACAGUUUGUGUUUUCCCUUUGGCACUGGAACAGUGUAAUCGUUUGUACGUCUCCAGCUUUGCCUGAUGUAGUAAGAAUGUGUUUCGUCUGUCACCAGUCUGGGGGGGGUGGGUAUAAGCUCUCACCCUUUGUUUCGUGUUUUAUGUAUGUUCUUGAAUUCCAGGUGUAUGCACUAUUGAGAUACGACUUUAAAGAACAAUUGGGUAUUGUGUUGUGUUUUUUUGUUGCACUCCUGUGAGUGAAAUUACAUCUGAACCAAAUUAAGAUAAUAACCACUAAGCCACCUAACUAAUGUCUCUUUGGGGUUCAAGAACAGCUGCUGUAUUUGAAUAGCACGUCUGUUAAGAGAGCUGCAGUGGAAAUGGAAGUCCAAGGGCACUCCAAAGUCAAAAGCCUUUAAUAUAGGACGCAAAUGCUUUUUUUUUUUUUUUUUUUUUUUUUUAAUAAUUCUGGGUGUGAUAUUCCCUUCAGCAAUUUGAUUUAAUUGUAAUUGCUAAGUGCAGAAAAACCUUAAGUCUUUUUAAAUGUCUUUUGAGAUUUUAAAUGUUGUGCUAGAGGAAUGAGCUCAUUAAAAUGGCAUUUUGACAUUUCAUGUCAGGUUACUUUUUUUUUUUAAUAAUUUAAACAUUUAAAUAAGAAACUUUUUUCUGAGACGGUUGCAUUUAAUUAUUUAAUGAAAACAUUGUGACAAGUGGCAAAGCAAUGUUUUCACCAAGAAAAAUGCAUUAAAAUAAAUAUACAUGCAUGUGUUACUCCUUAUUCAGCACAGCUUGUCUGACUGUAUGAAAUGCCGAUUUUAAGAAUGCUAAACAUCAGCUGUAACGAUUGGAAAGAAUGGGCAGUUUUUGGACAACAGUAGAUCUUGCAAGCCACAACAUAGCUAUGCCAAGUUUAAGCUUCUGGUUACCUCUGCGUGUGAAGCUAUUAGGGUUUUCCAGCUUUUCUGCUUUUGCAACCUGCAUUGCACGACCAAAACUUGAAAUCCGGAUCCCACUGUAACCACUGUAACCACUGCCACGCCAUGAGGCUGAGUGCAGGACACGCAAAAGCUCAGUUGCCUUUGUUUACAGUUAGCUGCUUAUUAUACCCUGACUCUCAGCCUACUGAUCUUUUUCAGUGCUUCUCAACGUUGUGUACAAAGAGGGUCCUAAAGGCAUGGCUCUUGACCACUGUGUUGUCAAGGUCACUUCUAAUAAUUGUGUUAAAUGAGUGCUAUCCAAUGGUUUAAAAUGUAUAUACUUAAAUCUGAGGUCUAUUAACAUUAUUACUGUCCCUUUAUUGUGCGCGAAAAUCUUUUGAAUUCUUUUGUGUUCUGUUAUUCAGGAUAUGCAGAUAUUUCAAAUAAAUCACUAGAAAACCUGCUGCAUUCUGGUACCUGUGCUGUUGGUCACAUGGUCUGUGACUGCAGCAAGGUCAUUGGAGAGAAUCUGAACAACAAAUGAAGCAAUUGGAAACCAGGAUGCCGGAUGCAUUAUCUGCAUAACUCAGGCAAAAAAAAAAAAACCUGAAGAUUUUCAAAUGACAAAAAGUGGGAUCCGUGAUGAUAUUGCUGGGACUUUCAAAAGGGAAGAACAUGGAUUUGGCUUGGCUAGCACUACUUGUAAUCAGAUAAUGUCCAACUUGCUUUCUGGUGAAAACUGUGUGUAUAUGUACUCAAAACAUGAGAUAUUUAUUGUAUGUUGUUAUUAGAACAUUAAUAGACAUUAAACCAAAAAAGUGAAAAAAACUGCAGUGGUGCUUGUGAUAAGGCAUUAUGUGAUAUUGUAAGCUGAUGUGAUUGUAAAUGUAAUGUACAUUUCUGUUACCAGGCAAGUUACUGUUUAUCAGCUGCUCAAUAUCAUCCAAUAAACAACUUGGAAAUGCU